UAGUGAUUGGUGCACGCUGUAACUGGGUCAGCUGGGGGCGCGCAGCAAGCUGCAAAAUGUUGCGCGUUCAAGGGAGAGAAAAAAAAUUCGGAGUCUGCGCAGUUCGGCUUUUCUCGACACUCCGAACUUUCGGGAGAAGCGACGGAGGAAGGAGGGGGAGAGAGAACAACGCCAUUUUCCCGGCCUUGUGCAGUCAAACAGGUGUCUUCAGUCCACGCUGGAAGGUGGAUCCGGAGCAGUCAGUUGUGAGACUCGGAGUAGGUGACGUACUGAGUUGUAGUGAGCCGUCAGAGAAGGAGUAGUGCACGAGGCAAAGGUGGAACCAUGUCGGCCUCUUGGCGCGAUGACGAUGAAGAGUUGAAGGCAGGAGGAGUAAGAGGGGGGUCGAGAAUCAAGCCGAGGUUCUCCUUCAGUGAGGUCAAGCUGCUGCUGGAGGCGGUGAAAAGGAACAGAUACAUCAUCCUGAAGAAGUUCAACCAGGGGGUGUCGGCUGAGGCUAAGAAACAGACGUGGUCCGAAAUCACCGACCAGAUAAACAGUCUGGGAGAGAACCGCAGAGAGGUGCGUCAGAUUAUGAAGAAGUGGGCGGACCUCAAAUGUGAUGGAAAGCGGCGUGCCAUCGCCCUCCGGGGCUCCUACGGAAGCAACGUGCGGAAGAAGAACCUGGGGCCUGUGGAGAGGAUGGUCAAUAAGAUACUCAUGAUGAGCCCUCGAGGAGGUGGCGACAGUGAUCUGGACUUUGGCGAGGAUGAAGAUUUUUCAAAAUUUUACAACAAAUGCCCACCAACCAACCCUUCCUCCUACUCCUACCUCAGCGUGACGGACAGUUCUCAUUCUAUACCCGGAGGAGUCUCCUACGACCUUUCUCCUCUCUCUUCUCCGGAGAAAGAACAUGGUGGCGACACCUUCCACUCCUCCUCCGAUUUUGACCUGGCUGACGAAGGAGACGGUACCAUGGACCUUGAAGAAAACAACGACUCCAUGUUCUCCGUUUACCCAUCCUCUCUGCCCCCACCAUCCUCGAACUCCCUGAAUCCCCUUCCUAAUAAUGCCCUUCUGAGGAUGAAGCCGGUCCACACCUACUCCCGGAACAACAGCCAGAACCACGCCCCCCCCCUGCCCUCCUCCUCGGAUUUUCCUUCCCCGUCCGAUUCGAACCCCGCCUCGUCUUCUGUUGCCCUUCCCCUCUCGCAUUCCCUCCCAAGCUCCAACCUGACCUCCACCUCCCUCCCUGCCCGUUCCUCCUCAUUCACCCCGUCACUUCCUGGUAGUCUCACUCUCCACGCUGCCGUAUCCUCCUCUCCCGCCGCCUCCACUGCAACCUCAGUUUCAAACUGCCACGAGCCUUCUCCCUCCUCCUCGGCCCCUCUAGCCGGCCGCCCCUUCGUCUCCACCUCGAGCGCCAACCUGUCCGACCCGCUCCCAGCCGGAGCGUCCUCCCGCAGGGUCCGGGACCACGUGGCGCAGAUGGCCUCCCAGGGCCUCCAGCAGCAGCGGGCCAGCAGGAUGCUGCUGACCUCGGUGUCCCAGUCUCUGGAGAUCCUGGCUCAGUCCGUCCAGCUGCUGGUGGAGAGCCAGCAGGAGUUUGUGCAAGAAUCUCUGCUGCUGCAGAGGGAGACCGUGGACAUCCUGAGGGACUUCUCCAACACGGCAAUGACCAUGCUGAGGGACAAGUCCAGCAGUGGGCAGUUGGCGACGCAUAACCCUCCCCAGCCCACCGCACACUUCUGAGUCAGAGGGUUCCAAAAUCAACCAAAGGCAGCGAAGCCCUCUGGGAUUUAAAUAUACACAUGGUUGGUAAAAAAAAGUCUUGACAAGAGAGCGCUUAAAAGGACAGGAAGUGGGCCCGUGGAGUCGUAGGCCAUCGACUCACGACCAAUGAUUGAUGUGCCUGAAUCUCCUUCCGUUUGGCGUAACUCAUUGUAAAAAGGAGGCGUCUCAAGCUGCUGAAACAUUUUUCCCUUUUUACUGAGUGUAUUACUACUUACUUUGUUGAGUGCACCGACAGGAGUACUUAGUAGUAACAUGUGACUGUUAGGGUAAUACCUGCUCAAGGGCACGGCAGCAGAAGAAAAUGCAACGACUACUUUUAACAAAUGCAAAAUACGAUUUUGACCCGACUGUAUGUUUUGUUCAAUUGUACAGCUUUUAACAGAUUUCAAAAUGGCAUUGAGAUGUUGCUGCUAGGAGAAAAAUUGUUUAUUCAUGCAGUGGGGCAAGAAAAGCAUGUUUAAGUUGUUUGGUGUUAUUAAUGGAAAUUUAAAGCUGGGACUUUUAUGACCGCCCAAAUGAUGGUAAAUGUUUGUGCCGUCUCCAGCCAGUCGGGUCAUGGAGCUCACACUGAGUUCUGACCAGCAGAAAAGUAAUGAACUUUACAAGUUGAAUUAAAUAACAUGGAUUUAAGGCGGAAUUAGAUCCUGCUAACUCUGACCCCACAUUAACCCGACACCAUGGCAAGCACAGCAUUUCUGGAAAACACGGGAGAUUUCAAUGUCUAGAUUCUUUACCAAAUAGCAGUUGAUGAAAGAUGCGGGUGUUGUGAACACACAGUGUAUCUUUCUCUGUAUUCAGUGGGGAUGGUCACUGAGUGAUCUGUCUGCUGCCCACAAUAGACGGUCCACUGUGUAACACCUGGUGAUGUGAUGAUUCCCACAACCAAACUCGGACAAUAAAAAGGUGAUUAUUAAAUGAACAAUCCGUUUGGAUUUCUAGCCUGUUUCUAGAUUUGGGCCGAUAAGUAGAGAUAUUCUCUGUAUUUGUUGACAAAUAGCAAACAGAAAAACACAUGCAAAUGU